CACAGCAAACACGAUCUCUUCAGUCUCCUCAGAGCUCUAGUGCAAUACACAUUCUUCUCCCAGCUUUGUCCCUCAAUGUGAGUCGCGGAUGAGAAAGUUGAAAUCGCAGGUGCAUGAAGCGCAUCGUUCAUUUUAAGACGCUAUAAACGUGAAGAGAGGGAAUAUAUAUUGCGUCUUAUUCUGUGAUGGCUUUAUAAGGUGUACAAUCUCUGAAAACUACAGUGAGCAGAAUGUAUAGACACACGGCACGAGAGGUCUUUCUCAUCCUCUUCCUCAUCAUCAGUCUGAUGUGGCCCAUACAUUCAGAGAUCUCCAACUGUGUCAUUAAACGCGAGGAGGAAAGAUGCAUGGAGCGAAUCGCUCUGCAUGACCCCAAAGAUGACGAAAAGUUUGGCUGUCCGUGGGAGUGGGAUAACCUGACCUGCUGGCAGGCGGCAAGUGUUGGAGAGGUCUUGGAGGUCAACUGUCCUGAACUCUUUGAAUUUAUGAGUCCAGAGGAGGGUCUCGGCAAGAUCAGCAGAAACUGUACGGAGUUUGGCUGGUCUGAACCAUAUCCUCAUUAUGUUGAUGCCUGUAUGAUAGACGUACACAACACAACCAAACCUGACAUGUACUAUGCGUCUGUGAAGGCUCUCUAUACAGUGGGCUACAGCACGUCUCUGGUGUCUCUGACCACAGCUAUGGUCAUUCUCUGCAGAUUCAGGAAGCUUCACUGUACCAGGAACUUCAUCCACAUGAAUUUGUUUGUGUCGUUCAUCCUGAGAGCCAUCUCUGUGUUCAUUAAAGACGGUGUUCUGUAUGCAGAGGAGGACAGUGACCACUGCUUCGUCCAUACUGUGGGCUGUAAAGCAGUGAUGGUCUUCUUCCAUUACUGUGUCAUGUCAAACUACUUCUGGCUCUUCAUCGAAGGUCUCUACCUCUUCACACUGCUGGUGGAGACCUUCUUCCCUGAAAGACGCUACUUCUACUGGUACACCAUCAUUGGCUGGGGAACACCCACUAUUUGUGUGACCAUCUGGGCUGUUCUGCGUCUACAUUUUGAUGAUUCUGGCUGCUGGGAUAUGAAUGAUUAUACUGCUCUCUGGUGGGUGAUCAAAGGACCAGUCGUGGCAUCAAUUAUGAUUAAUUUUGUUCUCUUCAUUGGAAUAAUCAUAAUCCUGGUGCAGAAGCUGCAGUCUCCAGAUAUCGGCGGAAACGAGUCCAGCAUUUACCUCAGCUGUGCACAGAAAUGCUUCAGUGAGCCCACACAGGCCGCCCAGCAUUCGUGCAGGAUGUCAGAGCUUUCUUCCAUCACGCUGCGUCUGGCGCGUUCAACCCUGCUCCUCAUCCCUCUGUUUGGAAUCCAUUACACUGUGUUUGCCUUCUCCCCUGAGGAUUUCAGCAAGAGGGAGAGACUGGUCUUUGAGCUGGGCCUGGGCUCCUUUCAGGGGUUUGUGGUGGCCGUCCUGUACUGCUUUCUGAAUGGAGAGUUUCUCCCUAAAGGUGCAGUCGGAGAUAAAGAGGAAAUGGAGGAGCUGGACGGUGAACAGGUACUUUGCUGUGGACCUGAAGCAGCAACGUCACCCUUCACUAGCGAGCAGUGGGGUGAACGGGGGGACGCAGCUAUCCAUCCUCAGCAAGAGCAGCUCACAGAUACGCAUGUCCAGCCCGCUGGCAGAGACGGUCAACCUGAACCUGCCCACCUGAACGUCUGAUUGGCCCACUUCUCAGCCAGUCCGUUCCUAAAACCCCACCCUUCAAUUCACCCUCUUCACCUGCAGUAGGGCCAACCAAUCACGAUUAGAAACUAUAUAAAUUAUUAAUGAGACCUCGGGAUAGUAUUUAAAAUUGGUCAAAACAAUUCAUCCAGGGAUUCACAUAGACUGCCAAAACUAUUGUGAGUUCAUGCUAAGGAAAGUUAAGAUUAAGUUUUUGAAAAUAAAGUAACUUUAUCGAGGCUUUCUAAUUAAUCUUUUGAGAAAACAACAAUACAAGCUUAAAAUAAUGUUCUUUUAUCUCUUUUUAAUAAUGGCCAAUAAUAAUGCAGAAAAGUUCACCUAGUUGCCAAAAUGAGGUCGCAGCAAAGAUUUAAGUGAAUUUUUCACAUCACAUUAUGAGCCAUAGAGAAUGUGAAAUGUUUGUGGUUAGAAUAUAGUGAUAUGCCACUAAAACAUGUCAUACAUGCCUAAACAUUGUGCCCUUAAAACUACAAAUUUCUGUCAAACUGAUAGCACAUUGCUUUACUUGUGUACUAGUGUAAUGCUAAGGCAGUAAAUGGAUGUUCCGGGUUCAAUACAUCAAUUGAAAGCAUUUGUAGCAUAAUGUUGAUUACCACAGAAAAUAUUUUUUUGCUAAUCAGUAUUAUGCCACAAAUGCUGUUGAUUGAGCUAAACUUGUUUUGAACCCAGAACAUUUCUUUAAAAUGUCAAACUGGUUGCAUUUCAGUGUUAUGUCAAUGAAAAGAUCAAGCAAAAUAUAAUACAGUAAUAUAAAGUGCCAAAAUAUGGUAUAUAUAUAAUAUAGAUUUACCUGCAAGAUACUGUGUUUAUCAAAUAUACAUUACAAAAAGAAAAUGUCCAGAUUUAGUGUUGCUCGAACAAAUGCUGUGUAUUUGAUUCAACCUUCUCUACAGAGAGAUUGUAAAACAUAUUUUUUUACAAUCAGCCGUAAGUACAGAGUAUGUCAACAAUAUUAAAACUAAUGAGUGACUCAUGAAUUUAGAUUACAUGUAAAUGUUAUUAUGGUUUUAUGUUUAAAUUUUAGCCUUUGUCUUUUGGAGGCCAAUGUAAUGUACUUCUCGUUAUGCAAAUGAGACAUGCAUAACGAUUCAGAACCAAUAUAAACAAAUCAAGGAUUUUAAUGUACUCUAAUAACUUGAGUAAAAAAAUAGGAUUACGAGGGAUUUAUUAUAAAGUGCCCGUUGGUCACAAAGAUAGCUUUAAUGGAUUCUAAACAAACAGUGCCAUACAGUAUUAAUUUAGUUAUUAUUAGUGAUUUAGAUUAACAAAUUCAAUAUUUAAGGAAGUUUUUAAUUCUGAUCUACCAAUAAAUCUUUGAUUUAUAUACAAUAAUAUCUAUAGCUUUGAAACACUGUAUUCAAAUAAAUGCCAUUACUUUACUAUCAGGUGCAUUUCAAAUGCAUUUUAGGGCUGAGAUGUUUAACUGUGACAGAAAAAAAGAGACAUUUGAGUGAAAUGUGAAUGUGUAAAGGAAUAGUUUACCCAAAAAUUAAAAUUCUGUCAUCAUUUACUCACCCUUGUGUUGUUCCAAACCAACACUGUUUUUUUUUACAAUGAACAUAGACAGUGACCAGGGUCUGUCAAGCUUCAAAAAGCACCAUAUAAAAGUAUAAUUUUAUGUUCCACAGAUUGAAGGAAAAUCCUACAAGUCUGGAACAUGAGGGACAGAAUUUUCAUUUUUGGCUGAAUUUUAAUGCUAGGAGAGCGACAGUUAACCCCCAACCCUUUACACGUACAAACUUUGAUGUCAGUUUAUUAAUCCAACCAAAUUUACUGCAUCGCCACCGAAUGACAAUCAUUAAUAGUUCUUACAUCACUCAGUGCUGCAUAUUUUGAGCCUGAUCUCAUGAAAAUUACAUGACUAUGGCAACAUAUUUGCAAAAUGAUGUUAUGUGGUUCAUUACACGUAUCGUGGCAGUUCUGAGGUGAAAUGUCUUAGCGCUAUUUGAUGUACAAAACAAGUCCAGAUGGGACUUGUGACAGAAAUCAAGUAUUUUUCAGCCUGUGUAAGGUGCAUGGUGAGUUCAAAGCGGUGCUUGAUGCUGGCGUUGACACCCUGACGCGAAUCAUCAACGCAGCUUCACAAUUGCUGUAGGAAUUAUUACUGGCAGAUUAAUAUUGUGGAUGAUGAGAGUUUAAGAGUUUUAGUGCCCAUUGCAAAGAAUAUACAACCUAUGUGGGGACUAGUUCUUUCAAUUAGUCAAACUCCCACUUAGGCUUUGGGAAACGUUUGAUGUGACUUGAAUUGGUGCUAUUUUAGUGUAUUUCUAUGUUUAUAUUGUGGAAGGCUUGGUUAAGACAAUGUUAAUAAAUCAUUAUAUUGGUACGUAUUGUUUUGUUUUCUUCCUAAGAUGGAAAUAAAUACAUUUUGACAAGACAAUAAAUUUAUAUAGUGUCAAAUUUCAGCAAUUAAUCUGCGAUUAAUCGCAAUUAACUACAAAAAAUGAUGCGAUUAAUCACGAUUAAAAAACUGGCUGACAGUACUAGUCAUAAGUUAGCAUCAUGUGAGGAAUAGGACUGAAACAGUUUGAUUAUGAACUGUAAAUCUGACGUUUUUUGAUUUGUGUGAAAGCGAAUAAAAGUGUUUUGUUGUAGUGCCUCUAGUGUUCAUUUCAGCAGGAAACUGGUGCAACACAUACAACGAGCCACGUAAAAAUCAUUUUGCAAAAAUAUUGGUAUAGUAACAUGCUUCAGUGAGACCAAGUUUCAUAUUUAACUUUUUUUUUUAUCAUGAGAACAAUGUGCAUCAAUGUACAAAGUGAAACAGUCUCUGCAAAAGUUGUUGUUUAUCUCUAGUGCAGUAAUUAUUAACUGGUGUGAAGUUCUAGAGUGUGAUUUCUCAAUGUACGUUAAAGAUGUACAUGUGCCAGUAAAUGAUGGAUGUACCAGCAUUCUCUCUUUAUAUCAGCUGCACUUUCAGUCACUAUGAAGUCCCAAACCUUGAUGUAAAACUUUAACAGUUGUCAUUCUGUGAAUAUGAAGUUGCCAGUUUUAAAAUGCAAUAUGUAUAUGCUUUUGUUGCUGCUCAUAGUAGUUAGGCCUAGUAUAUCAUAUGGAGGCGAGAUGGUUAUUAAAUUUUUUUUUUAUCUUUUAUGUAAUACAUAUCUGAGAUUUUAUUAAUUUAAAGAUGAAAUGUGUGAAUUCUGUGCUACUAGUGGCACCAAACAGGAUUGCAUUUCAAACAAGCUCGGAACACUUCCCUCUUCUGCCAUUGGUUAGAGAAACAGGUAGCCGCACCCCAAAGUCACACUAUUGGUUGAGCCAGUGUUGUUAUAUCGACCCAGUAGGGCUGCAAUUCUGUUUGGUGAAGCUAGUGGUGCAGAAAUUACACACUUCACCUUUAAAUAUGCCAUGGUGGCUACUGGUAAUGACAAAAGGUUUUUUGUAUAAUUGUUUGACCUUUCUCAUUUUAUUAUUAUUAUUAUUUCAGUCAACCUGUAAAUAUUAAUUAUCUCGAACAAGCUCUCAGUGAUCGUGAACUUGUCUAUAGGAAUAAAUUGUGAAACAGACAGAAUUCACUGUCUGGUGUUUCAAAUGUGGCUUGGAUCACGUGACCAUAAAGACAUGGAGCUAAAUAUGUGUUUAGAUAUAGUAACGAAAGGGCCAUCCUCAUCCUGUGGCUAUUUCUUGAUAUUUCUGCAUGAAAAAAAGAGAGAUUUUUGCUGCUUUCUAUGUUCUUAACACCAGCUGUCAUUCUGAGUGUGAGUGCUCAGAAGGUAACGACCAUGUCUCAAAGCUGUUACAAACGUGCUGUGGAAAUGUGCUUGUAAUACAUCCACCUGCCAAUAGAUGGCGCUUUAUUUUUAUUUGAUCGUAAAUUUGAGAGCUGUAGAGGGAAGAUGAUUUUGAAUUUGAAAGCAUUUUAACUCUCUUUUGUGUUUUGUGCUGUGUAGGUCUGAAAUGUUUCAUUGUGUCUUUGAGAUCUGGUCAUAUUGUGGCUAACUCUUUUAAACUGAAUGUAACACAACUGUAUUGUACAUUCUGCUCUGCCGCUCUGUAAAGCUGCCUUCUUUGAUGUAGAGAUAAUGUCUUUGUUUGACAUGCGAACAUUUUUGUACGUGUUUGAGUUUCAUUCUUGAAAAACAAUUCUUGAAUUUCUUCAGAUUUUUCAUUUAUGUGUGUUUUGGAAUAAUCGUGUCUCCCAUAUUCUUGUAGUAGGGGAUGAGAGCUAUUGAGAGAGAAGCUGUACCAGAUGGGAAAAAUUGCAGAAUUUAAAGUGUCAUGAAAACCCCUAGUUCAGUUUAGCACCAGUCAUUAGCCGUGUUUCCAUUAUCGGGCCAAAUUUGGCUGUGCUAGCGCGUGCCAGGGCCAGUUGUGUUCCCACUGUCACUUCCGGGAAUUCAUCAAGCCUACUCUGGGCUUUCUCGGGGCCAAUGGCCUUUGACCUGCUGAUUACCCUUGGGCCAAACAAGGCCAACCGGGGAAUGAGGCAUGUUCAAUGUCAAAGGCGGAGUUUCGCCGAACUUCCCAGGUUGUGUAUCCAGCGUACAACAGUACAGGUUCGGGAAACUUUUUUUUUAAAUGCGGGCACAGUACAAAUCCAUUAAAAAGCCCAAUAGACAAAGCGAUGCACAAAGAAAUUACUUUCCAUGGUUCAGUGAAAUUUCAUAACAUUUUGCUGGGACAACGUCCCGCUGUUAGUGGAGAGACCACUUGGGACCCCAUGGCAGUUACAGUCGGCGAGUUAUCAACAUUAACUUAACUUGCUGUUUACAUUCGAUAUAAAAUCAAUAUUCUAAAUAAAUAGAUAACAUGAUACCUCCGCUUGAGCUUCCCUCUUGCAGGGCCGGUCAACCCAUUAGGCGACAUAGGUGAGUGCCUAGUGCGGCAUCGCUUCGGUGCGCCGAUCUACCGAGACCAUUUUUGCAUGUGUGCAAUCUGUGUCAAACAAAAUGCACCCUGUGUGUUCCAAUAACGUGUUGUGGCACCCAUGGAAUAUAUAGGCCGUGUACUAAAUGCCUUACUACCAUAUUACACUUAUUGUUUCUGUUAUAUCUGUGUUUGGCAAAAACAGCGAGUGGAGUAUGGAUAGUAUGCCAUUGUGAACACGGCCAUUGAAUCACGAGCGUGGGGCUUUUGAGAAAGAUAAGAUAACUUUGAUAAACUUCAUCUUGUGCUGUGUAAUGUGAAAAGGUGUCAAUAUGUUUUUUGUCCAUAGUUUCAUUAAUGCUAUACAAGGAAUGAAGGGUCUCACCUAGGGUGCCAAAUGGGGUAAGACCGGCACUGCCCUCUUGCUUCUGAAAUGGGCGGGGUGUGUGACAUUGGCAGAAGUUAUUGGCCCGAUGGUGGGAACGCAGAUCGAUUUUGGUCUUGCGGCUCGAGGUCAGAGGCUCUUGGCCUCAGUUGGCCAGUUAAUAGCCCUGGCUCGCACUGGCCCGAUAGUGGAAAAGCAGCUAAUUUACACCACAGACUUUUAAAAAAAGAGUCAUGUAA